AAAGAUGUCUUCCUUUAUGUAAGAAAUGGCACACUGCAGAAAUUUUAUGAGGUGUGUACUUGCACAUCAGAAAUGGACUUGAAUGAACCAUAUGGGGCUUGCACUGGCUUUGUGCCAUGCAUUAUUAAGCUUCAAAUUUAACCACAUCUUCUGCUUAGACGUCUAGAAUUAAGCUAGAAGUUUUGGCUGUGAUACAAGCAGUGAUGAAAAACACAUGAGUAGUAACAAGUUUUCUUAACAUCAUUCUUCAGUGCUCAGAUAGACUAAUCUACAGCAGCAGUUUAUUCAAGUAUCACCCAGAGUGCCAGAAGGAACGGGAACUUUAAAGCGAUUUUUUUUUUUACCCUUUUAUUAUUUAUUGUUCAUUUUACAGGCUUGAAUCUGAGUUCUAUAUAGUAAGGAACUGGAUACAAAUUUCUCAGGUGGAUUUUUAUCUUUAGAAGAACUUGACAAACCAGAAAGGAGUGUGUUCUCUGAAGAUAUGAGAGAAUAUGUGCUUCUCCUCCUCUUGGCCUUGUGCUCUGCUAAACCUUUUAUAAGCCCUUCAUACUUCACCUUCAAGAACAUGAUGCUCAUGGAUAUGGAAGACCUUGAUGACGACGAUGACGACGAUGACAAAGAUGACGAUGACAGAGAUGAUGACAAUUCUCUUUUUCCAACUAGGGCACCCAUAAUACCCUUUGAUUUAUUUCCUGUAUGCCCCUUUGGAUGUCAAUGCUACUUGAGAGUUGUACACUGUUCAGAUUUGGGUUUGACCUCAAUACCAAAGAAUAUUCCCUUUGAUACUCGCAUGAUAGACCUUCAAAAUAACAAAAUAAAAGAGGUCAAGGAGAAUGAUCUUAAAGGACUCACAUCGCUACAUGCACUUGCAUUGAACAACAACAAAAUAACCAAGAUACACCCCAAAGCCUUUCAAUCAACAAAAAAGUUACGGCGUCUCUACUUGUCCCAUAAUCAUUUAACUGAGAUUCCAGCAAAUCUACCAAACAGUUUAGCUGAGAUAAGAAUUCAUGAUAAUAAAGUGAAAAAGAUACACAAAGAAGCAUUUAAAGGAAUGAAGGCUUUACAUGUGUUAGAGAUGAGUGCAAAUCCUAUUGAUAAUGAAGGAAUAGAACCUGGGGCCUUUGAAGGUGUGACAGUCUAUCAUAUAAGAAUUGCAGAAGCUAAAUUAACCUCUGUUCCUAAAGGAUUGCCUUCCAGUCUAUUGGAACUUCAUGUAGAUGACAACAAAAUUUCUGCAAUAGAACUCGAGGAUUUUAUUCGUUAUAAAAACCUUCAAAGGUUGGGGCUAGGAAACAACAGAAUCAAAGAUGUGGAAAAUGGCAGUUUUGCCAAUAUGCCAAAUAUACGAGAAAUCCAUCUAGAGAAGAACAAACUAAAAAAAGUGCCUUCUGGUUUUCCAGAUCUGAAGUAUCUGCAGGUUGUCUUUCUUCAUUCUAACAGUAUUUCAAAAGUGGGAGUGAAUGAUUUUUGCCCAACAGGAGGAAGGCUGAAGAAGACAUUAUAUAGCGGCAUAAGUUUAUUCAACAAUCCUGUUAAAUACUGGGAUAUCCAGCCUGGAACAUUUCGCUGCAUAUUAAAUAGAAACAGUGUGCAGAUUGGAAAUUAUGGAAAAUAAAGGUGUAUAUUCAAAACAUCAUUCAAAUUGCAAUGUUAAAACCAGAAAUAUAAUACUUGAAAUCUGUUGAAGAUGGACAACUUUAUACUGUCCAAUUGCUUUAUAAAAUACUAAUGUAAUAUCCCAUAAAAUUCUUAUCUUACGUUAAAUUUAUAUAUCUUCCAGAAUAAAAGGCCUCCUGAACUCCUGAAGUGGAAACUUAUCAUUAGGUGUUUCCUAUCAUUGUUGUCUAAGCUAUGUUUAUAGACUUUUUUCUUAGCAGAAAAUAAUGCAAAGAUUUGAAACAUUUUUUUGAUUAACCUAUAUUUUUUCUGUAUUGAAAAUGUAUCCUGUAAAGGUAUUUAUCAGAUUUCAAGGGGGAAUUGUGAACUUUUAAGUUAACAAAAGUAAACUAAACUGGCUAAGAAGACAUUUUAAAAGGUACUGUAGUAUUAAUUUGUUGGUAAAAUACAUCAGGUCAGGUUAGAUAAUAUGUAUAUCUUUGUAGUAAGCUGAAAGGCAAGAUUGAUACCAUACACUUACAAGCCUCAAAGCCUUUAGUAUUUAUUCAUGUAGUUUCUCCCGAAAACUAUAUAUUCUGUUGGUAACAAAGGUGUAUGUAUGCUAAAUAUUAACAAUGUAGAAAUCCUGUAACUUUUUUUCUUUUUGUUUUUAAAGGAAUGAUAAAAUUAUCUGCAGGCCAGUACAAAUACACCAUUGUUAUAUACUGUAAAAAUAAUUACUCAAGCUGGCAGUUUGGGGCACAGUUAAAAGACUUGCAGUCAUAGGGGCCUAGUGCUCUGUUGCAAAGGGAUUUUUUAAAACAAAUGGACAGGGAUUCCAAACAUGUGCAGCAUACCAAACUUAGUUUACAGAGGGAAAAGGAGUAGCCCCUGUGUGCACAGAGCUGUGUGUGUACACCACAGCCACUGGAUCACUGUCAUUGUAUGCUGACCUUGUAUUCCAUAUUACAUCUUGAGUACUGUUAGCUUUGCUGAAUCCAUAUAAUGCAAAAUGUGUUUGAUCAUGAUUGAAUAACUAAUGAUGGGACUCUAUAAAAGUGGCUAUCUUGACUAUAGAUUUAAUGUUGUUCCUAUAAACAGGAAGUUGAGAAUUUAAAAUUUCUAAAUGGUGUCCAUUAAAAUGCUAGAUUGAAACCUUUAAUAUUGUCAUGCUGUUUCCUAUUCAGUUUAACUAAAAUAGUAAUAUUAAAAAUAUAAAACUACUUAUUGUAAACUUUGCAGCCUGAUUCUUGGCAUGUUUUAUCCAGAAGCCUGUCCAAUAGAUUUCAGUAUGAGUUAAUUUCUAGUAUGAAUGUCUAAGAUUCCUAUAUUAGAUUUUGAAAUUUUACUGAUUUCUCAUAAUCUUAUUUAUUUACUGUAGACUGUAUCCAACUAAGUUA